AUGUAUUCACAACAUAAGCGAAAGUCUUUAUUAGCUACUCCAGACGAACUAGAAGAGAAAGAACCAGACUAUGAUAUCCCAACAGCUAGCCAUAAACAUAUCAAGGCUUUUCUUGUUGAUCUAGGAAUAGAAAUAACAGAUGAUGAUCUUCGUCGACCUAAUCGAUCUCGUAUUCGACAAUUAUUUUCACUUUUGAUUGAGCACUUUUUGACAUGGAGAGCCGAGAAAAUAAACAAGCAGAAGAGAGAUAUAGUGACUACAAACAACCUUUCUGAACUCGACCAAGAUAUAGCAGAAGUUGCUAUUGUUUUUCAUGAGGUAAAAGCCUUAUUAGAGGAAUUACGGUGCACAGAUAUAGGCAUAGUUGAUUUUACAGAUCCUUCGCCCGAAAGAAUUCAAAAGUUAUUAACAGCCAUCAUGAAUUUCGGUGUAUUUAAUAAAGAAAGAGCCGCACCCAAGUCAGCGCCAUUAGCCAUCAAGGCUGAUCAAAUAGGCAAAGAAGUCAUUCAUCUUGCCAAAGUAGAGCAAGAAUUGAUAGAAAAGAUAAAAGAAACCAAGAAAAGAAAAGCAAUUGAACAAGGAGAAUGCAGCAAACUACAGAUAGAGAAUAAAGCACUUGAACAAGAACUUAUCAACCUACGCCGAGAAUGUGAAAUUCAUAUACAAGAACUCGAUAACACUAAAGCAGAAAGAGUCGCUUUCAAAGACAAACUGCAAGAUUUACAAAUGGAAGUAUUGCAAGCCAUUGAUGUCCGCAAACGACUUCAGGAAGAAGAAGAAUGGGACAUUGAAUCGAUGCAAGAUCAUAUUCAAAAAUUAGAAGACACUACAUCAAAACUGGCUUCUGAAGUCAAAUCAGAUAAAGAAGCAUAUCCAAAAUCAGAAGAUCAGUUGACACAACUAAAAGUGCUUGACAAUCUUAUUGCCCGAGCAAGUCAGACAUUGAAUAGAUGGUCUACUCGAAAGAACGACUUGAAACGACAAAAAAAGACAAGGGAUGCUGUCCAAAAAGAAAUUGAUGCUUAUGCAUCUCAGGAUCAUGGUUUAGUACAAGAGCUCAAUGCUUCAAAACGAUUUGCAGCAGCAGAAGAGCUUAAAAUAGAAAGAUUAAAUGAAGACCAAGCAAAGAAGCGAGAAUCCAUGAAACUGUUUUGGGAAACACGUCAAAAAGAAGAUGAGAGACUUAGACAAGAUGAGAUCAAUGCACGAGAACAUUAUUUAGUACAUGAAAAGAAACGAGAUGAAUUGACACAAAAGAUAUCCCAGACUGAAUUUGAAGAGAAAUCUUAUGAAGAAAAAGUAACUACUUAUUUACGUCAAAUAUACUAUAAAGCCAAAGAAAAAUCAGUUUAG